GGAAGAAGAGGGUGAAGAUGAAGAAGAGGAAGAAGAGGAAGUUGGUGAUUUGUUGAAUUCUGUAGUAGAAGAAGCUACCUGGGAUACUCCUCAUCUUGGAAUGAGUCCUAACUCCUGCCACGGUAGUGAGGGAACUCCCUCAACACCAGGAGUGCUGGAACAACACCACCAGGAGAAACAGAAGAAACAGGGGAGCAAACGGAAGAAGGGUCCAGAACAAAAGCAGCCGAAGAAAGAAGAGAAACCAAAGAAGGAAAAGAAACCGAAGCAGAAGAAAGCUAAGGUGACCCAUCGCUGCUUUAAAUGUGGAGAGGGAUUCUCCCGUAUCUACGACAUGCUCUUACACCAGACCAUUCAUAUAGAUGGAACGGCCAUGUUGAAAACCAAGAAGGUUCACCGCUGCUUAACGUGUGGAUACGAAGCAUCCGAUGCACAUAAACUCAUGAUGCACGAGCGGACACACACAGGAGAGAAGCCUUUCCACUGCUCUUUGUGUGGGAAGAGAUUCGCUCAGAAAGGAAAUCUGAAAAUACACCAGAGUGUGCACAAAGGAGAAGUCAGGAAUCCCAGUUUCUGGCCUGACAUCGUGGAGAGGCUUCCUACAAUAGGAGUCCCUGACCAAUACCAUGACAACCACACAGCUAAGCCAACAGGAGUCCCUGACCAAUACCAUGACAACCACACAGUUAAGCCAAUAGGAGUCCCUGACCAAUACUAUGACAACCACACAGUUAAGCCAACAGGAUUCCCUGACCAAUACUAUGACAACCACACAGCUAAGCCAACAGGAGUCCCUGACCAAUACCAUGACAACCACACAGUUAAGCCAACAGGAGUCCCGGACCAAUACCAUGACAACCACACAGUUAAGCCAAUAGGAGUCCCGGACCAAUACCAUGACAACCACACAGCUAAGGAGAACCACCACUGCCUAGAGUGUGGCGAGGAAUGCCAAACUCCAUCAGCUCUACAGAUACACAUGAGAACUCACACUGGAGAGAACCAGUCUAACCCGCAGUGCCCUCUCUGCGGGGCAGAGUUCUCUCAGAAAGGCCUUCUGGAUGAUCACCUGGUGAUCGCCCACUCCCAUGAGAAACCAGAGAAGCCUUACCCCUGUCCAGACUGUGGGAAGAGAUUCUCCAGCAAGAGUUACAUCAAGAUCCACCAGAAGAUCCACAGUGGGAAGAUCUCUUACCACUGCGCCCAGUGUGAUAAGAGUUUCAUGUCAGCGGAGGGGCUCAAGAAGCACGAGAGCGCUCACCGAGGAGAGAGGCCGUACCGAUGCCCUGCGUGUGGCAAGUGUUUCAAACAACAAUCCCAGCUGACCUGUCACUUCAAGAUCCACACUGGAGAGAGGAGCCAUCUCUGCUUCCUGUGUGGGAAGAGUUUCGCCAGAGAGUUUGACCUCCGGGUGCAUCUCAGAGUCCACUCCGGAGAGAAGCCCUACCAGUGCCAUGAGUGUGGCAAGAGCUACAGGUACAGAGCAGGCAUCCGGUCACACAUGCAGCAGAUGCAUCCUGGGAAGCCCAUAGUGGAACCAACCCCAGCCAUCCCCACAGGCCCUCGCUACAGUGGAAGAAGUGGUCUUCCAACAUCCCUUAUCAGAAAGGAUCCUGGUGACCAAUCCAGCCCCAAAGCUAGAGAGUCCCAGGGUCCUGAUCCAAGCCAUGGCAGCAAGGCGUCCACUCAGACACCUCGGUUAAAGGCCAGCGCUGAAGAAGAGGAGGAGGAGGAAGAAGAAGAAGAAGAAGAAGAAGAAGAGGUGAACGUUGAUGGUUCGGGUAAUUCUGAAGACGACGACGCCAGUUGGAAUCCUACUCCUCGUCUUGCCAAGACUGGUGCCGGCGCUCCCUCUACAGCAGGGGCACCUAGAAAACACCGGAAGAAACAACGGGCCAAACAGAGAACCAGAGUCAAAGGAGAAGGCCAACGGAAGCGGCCCAAAACCAAGAGGUUUAACAACCGCCGCUGCUUUAAAUGUGGAGAGGGAUUCCCCCGGGAAUAUGAGCUGUUGCUACACCUGCAGACACAUCUAGAUUACAACUGCUACGUGUGUGGAGCGCCGUUCAACAACAAAGAACUGCUGCAGAGACAUCAGACAGAGCACACCGAGGAGAGUCUGGGUGUGUUCUCUGGUGAGGCAGGAGGUCCGGCUACAGGACAGCGCCGGGGGCGAGGGAAGAGGAUUCACCGAUGUCCGACCUGUGGGAAAGAACUGUCCGACGCGUCCAAACUGAAGUUACACAUGAGAAUACACACCGGAGAGAAGCCUUACUGUUGCUCCCUGUGCGAGAAGGGUUUCACUCAGCCAGGGAACCUGAAAACACACAUGAAAACACACAGAGAUGGGAACCCCAGUUUGUUGUCUGCUGGUGGGUUAGCACCCUCUACAUCAAGAGGUCCUGAACACAUCGUCACCGCAGCUCAGGAGAACUUCAACUGUCCAGAUCUGUCAUCACUACAGAAACACGUGACAUCUCAGGACACCUCUUUCUUCUGUUCUCUGUGUGGGGAGGAGUUCUCUGAGAAGACUCAGUUAGAAGAACACCAGUUGGCUCACAAUAACAAGAAGCCUUUCCCCUGCCCUGACUGUGGGAAGAGGUUCCGCAGUAACUACUACGUUAAGAUCCACAUGCGAAUGCACACCGGGGAGAGGCCUUACCAAUGCUCUGAGUGUGGGAAGGGCUUCAUCACAGAAGAAGGGCUAAAGAAGCAUGAGAGCGCGCACCGGGGAGAGAGACCCCACCUCUGCCCCGAGUGCGGAAAGAGAUUCAAGCAACAAUCCCAACUGACAUGCCACUUCCGUAUGCACACCGGACAGAAGAGCCACCUCUGCGCCGUCUGUGGGAAGAGUUACUUCAGGGAAUUUGACCUCAAGGUUCACCUCAGAGUCCACACGGGAGAGAAGCCCCAUCAGUGUGAGGAGUGUGGGAAGAGCUUCUACUAUCUACAGGGGCUCCGGCAGCACCAGAGGACCCACGCUCCCAAGCCCAUCGGACCGACCCGCCAGCUAGGCAGACCUAAGCAGUCAUCCAGCACGGACAGCUUGGACAGACCAAACCAAUCACCCAGGACGGGAAGGCCCAGGCCAGAUCCUAGAGUGGAGAGACCCAUGCCUCUACCCAGAGUGGAGAGACCCAUGCCUCUAGCCAGAGUAGAGAGACCCAUGCCUCUAGCCCUACCUAGAGUUGAGAGUGAUCUGGAGAGGCCUCACUGGCAUUACUGGCACCUUUAAAAUGGCAAUCUGCCAUUUUUGUUGUUGUUUGAACUGCAGAUUGCACCUUUAAC